AUGACAGAAAGUGCCAUUGCAUUGCCCCUUGAGCAUACUGCUACUAAAGCCGUUACUGAAACAGUGAAAAAUUUGCAGUUAGACGGUGAAACCAGUAAUAUGCAUGAGUUGAAGGACCAAGAUGAAUUAUUGGAAACAACUGAAGAUGGUAAAGAGUUAUAUGAUAAUACCUUUGAAGGACAAAAGGAAUUAUUUUUACAAUUAGGUAAGGAUGAGAAACAUGCUAAGCAGGUCGAGCUGGAUACUCGUUCCAUCUUUGUUAGCAGUAUUACUCCCGAAACUACUGCAGAGACUUUAGAAACACAUUUUAAAGAUGUUGGAAUGAUUAAUAGGAUUACUAUUCUGCACAACAAGAGGACUGGAGAACCAAAGGGGUAUGCAUAUAUUGAAUUCGAAAUGGUGGAAUCAGUUGCAAAGGCAUUGGAACUAAAUGGAUCCGAGUUUAAUAACAAGAUAAUUACGGUCGCCAAAAAGAGAACUAACUUACCUGGAUUUGGGAAACCUUUUGCUUAUCAUCACAACCAGCAUAUCCAGAAUACUGAUGGUAGUAAUUCUUUUCACAAACAACAUAAUCGCUCUCAUCUACAACAUUCUCAUCAGCAACAGCAGCAGCAAUUACAACAACACCAUCAACAGCAGCAACAGCAACAACAUCAACAACGACAACAAUAUUUUUACGGUAAUCAAUGGCAAAAUGGAUUUAUACAUCCUCAUUGGAAUUUUGCUGCCUAUAAUGCCUAUACUCCAUACAAGGCUGCAAAUUACUAUCCUGCUUAUCGGUAUCACCAGCAACCACAACACUCACAGAACAUAUCACAAAAUAACAGACCUCAGCAACGUACUUCGAAUGGUGCGUUUAGAAAUGUUUAUAGAGGUACUUACAACAAUGCUAAGAGAGGAGCUUACAAUGGUAGCAGAAAGUCUAGAAAUAAUAACAUUGCAAAUAACUCCAUUGGUUCUGUACAAGAUGAAAAUGAUGAACAUGGGUCGCAUAAGCAUGAUUUGCCCGUUUCUUCUCCAUAUAAACCUGUUGCGCAAUCUUCAGAAACUGGUACCCAGGAAGCUUAA